CUAAUUGCAUGUCUUUUCAGAUCUGCGGUAGAUCUUGCAGAUCUACGCUUUGAAUAUCAUCAUCAGUUUAUUCUUUAUGACGAUGGUGGCACUUUGGGGCGAUGGUAGGGCUGGCGAUGACGGUGGAGUUGGGUGAUGGUGGCGAGGGUUGGCGACGAUGGAGUCGGCGGUGACGAUGGUGGGAGGGGGGGGGGUUAGCGGCAGUGGCGGAGCCAAGAUCUAGCACGAGUGGGUGCAAAAUAAAGGAAAAGGUACGUAUCUAGCAGUUCCCGGAGAUGAAGACAUUUAAAUAAACAUAUGUCUCACGAGCAUUUUGUCGAACACAUAGUGUCCAAUAACAUAGAUAGUACUUCUGUAUAGUGGUAUCCUUCCCCUGAUUGAAGACAUAACAAUCUUAAAUAAAGACUAUUUCUAGUGCUCUGCCCCUCCCCUAUUCUUCUUUCUGCUCUCUGCCUCUGUAGUGCUCUCUCCCUCCCCUGUACUUUUUUUUUCUUUUUUUGAAGUUUACUUGUACUCCACAUAUAUAUCUAUGAAAUAUAUUUCAAAAAGGGAGUGACUGCAGUCAUUUGCUCCCAUGUGGUUAGCGGUGAUGGUGGGGCUGGAUUGAUGGUGGUGGGGUCUAACGAAGAUGGUGGACCGACGGUGACUAUAGGCUGCGGUGGUGGGAGUGGUGGUGGGGUUGGUGGUAGUGGGAGUUGGGGUGGCGAUGGUGUGGCCGUGGCAAAUCCAAUCGGAAAUUGGAGGCGGGGCAGUCUCAAGUCUUCAAACCAGGCAUUGGGUACCAAGGGUACAUUCAGAGUCAACACAUUGGAUCGCAGGUCUUCGCCUCAGUAAUCGCCGUCGUCUCCCUCUCAGUCUCUCCUCUCCUUCAUCUCGCUGAAUCGCGUCUCCCUUUUAGGCAUCUCUCCAAACAGACACCAUCCAUCAACCACUCUUCAUUCCGCUCCGGCGCAGGGGCAACGACGACUUGGCGCGACGGAUCUCGAUUGAACUCGGCGGUGGCGCAGCGGUGGAGGACGGAGCAACUCCCACUCAAACUCCUGCCCGUAGAACUCCACUGCCAGAAGAUAGGCUUGAGAUGAAGAAGGUAAUUUUUGGGUUUGCUCUGAAUAAAGAAAGCCUGCAAACAUUAACAAACCUCUGCAAUGAGGUGUAAUAGCAUCAACAUACAUCUCUCUUGCUGCCACGACAAGCUUCAGCUAGGGGCAUUUCUGGUCUAUUCUGAAACACAUCAGUAGAGUAGAAAGGUAAAAAUGUAUAUUGCACCUCGCAAUACACCAUCGCUCCUUAUUCUGGGGUUGAUAUCACAUUACACACACAUAGCUCACUAACUCCAAAAAUUAAUUUCCCAUCAGAAAUCAAUUUGUUUCAACACAAUACUAAAUAGCAAUUACCAUCAAGUAAUAACAUGAUCUGCUUCUAAAUCAUUGAGACAUAACAUGUUAUUCAUGAGGGAAAAUGACCCUUCCUUUUUCAUCAGUUUACAAAUGAACCUAAACAUACACAAAGCAUAAAGCUCCAAACAUUUUAACGAUCAAACAAUUUCACUACAUUAAACUAAUCAUUUCUAUCAAUAAACCAUUCUAUUUCAGUAGACUCUCAAGUACUUCUACUGACAUUAAAUACUUCUAUUCAUCAAUCAAAACCGCACAUCACUACAUCACUACAGCAGCCAUUUGCAAGGAUCACAAAGGCCAAUAAAACACAAGUUUAGAACGCUCAAUAAGUAUGCUAAAGUUUCUUUCUGCAUACCUCAACUAGAUUCAUCUAAACAUUAUACAAUGAUGUAACUAUCUAACAUAACAGAACAUUUUUCUCAUCACAAAAAGAAAACCCGACUUCCUACGUUUUCUUGCACUAAACUUCUUCAUGUGUUUUUUUGCACCACAUAUCUUCUUUCUCGUAUGCACUUCACACUUCUUGUUCUUCAUCUCCUUCAAAUGAAAGCGUAGCUUCUCAAGUAAAUAAACUACUCAAUAGGAACAUCCUUUCUUAUAUUGUAAUAGUUCAACAUCAGCUUUCCUCUUGUUCUCCAAGAUAGACUUUAAAGACUUUGAGAUGUGAGGCUCAAGUGAAAUCCUAGGUUCUUCUAAAAGAGAUGCUGUUUUUUUAUAAUCUAUUUUCUUGAGCGGUGCCAUACCAUCCUCCAUGCCACGUUUUAGUAAGUCAGAAUAAAACAGAUUUGAUAUUAUAGAGGAGACUCAUCAUCAAUAAGUCGAACAGAUUUGAUAUAUCAUCAAUCCCAUGUGUAGUCAUAACAGGUGGUGGUCAACCAAGUGUGGAAUACGAGCAAUUUGUUAAAAUGGUUCAUGAAUCACUCAAAGUGCCUAUAUUUGCAUUCGUUGAUUGCAAUGCGUUUGGUAUUGAGAUAUUCAAGUCGUAUAAGUUUGGUUCUGGUCUACAGUUAAUGAGUCGAAAUUUAGUGGUUCCUUCUAUCGAGCUCAUAGGGUUGUUUUAUUCUGAUUUAGUUGAACGUGGCAUGGAGGAUGAUAUGACACCACUCAAGAAAAUAGAUUAUAACAAAACAGUUUCUCUUUUAGAAGAACCUUUGAUUCCACUUGAACCUCACAUCUCAAAGUCUUUAAAGUCUAUCUUGGAAAACAAGAGGAAAGCUGAUGUUGAACUAUUAUCACAUAAGAAAGGAUGUUUCUAUUGGGUAAAUUAUUUACUUGAAAAGCUACGCUUUCAUUUGAAGGAGAUGAAGAACAAGAAGUGUGAAGUGCAUACGAGAAAGAAGAUAUGUGGUGCAAAAAAACACACAAAGAAGUUUAGUGCAAGAAAACGUAGAAAGUCGUGUUUUCUUUUUGUGAUGAGAAAAAUGUUCUGUUAUGUUAGAUAGUUACAUCAUUGUAUAAUGUUUAGAUGAAUCUAGUUGAGGUAUGCAGAAGGAAACUUUAGCAUACUUAUUGAGCGUUCUAAACUUGUGGUUUAUUGGCCUUUGUGAUCCUUGCAAAUGGCUGCUGUAGUGAUGUGGUGAUGUGCGGUUUUGAUUGAUGAAUAGAAGUAUUUAAUGUCAGCAUUAAGUGGCGACAUCAUUGAUCAAAUGUCAGCAUUAAGUGGAUGCAAGCCAAGGUCCAUUGCUGUCUUGCAUACCCGAGCCUUGACAUAGCUAAUGGUAUCGGAAGAUUUGAACCCAUCAACAGUAAGCAGAAUAGAUCUGUUGGUGUUAGGGAACCUAGAUUUACAAUGACCUGCAAAGUCAAUGUCAAUUCAUCAUUUCAUAAACCCAAGUAUAAAACAAAAAACAAUAUCAGCAUUAAAUAUUACUCGUAGUAACCUAGCUUUGAGAAAACAUUAAUGACUAAUCUUGUUUUCAAAACAAACAUCACCCGCAAAUUAGCAUUAUAUAGAACCAGUGACUUCUUUACACAAUCAAGUGAGUCAACAAGAGAAUGAAACAAAGGGAAACUCACAGUAAUCGAGUUUUUAUCCAUGGAGACCUCUUUCCGCGUCUCUCUGUCCAACCCUGAUCCUCUGUUUUCCCUCCUUUUUUUUCUCUCUGGUGAAACUCCUAUCCUUUUUCUUCUUUUUUGAAGCAAGCAUCAAGUUUCUAUCCAUGGCGGAUCGGAUAGGCGGCAGUUUAUCUUGGUCGAUUGUUCGGUCUGUUGUCAUUCCCCUUUUUUUAUAGAAAAAUUAUUUCAGGUAUCCUCUAAUUUCAAAAAAUUAACUCGCAUAUCCCACAUUAUCUAAAAUUAGGGUUGUUCACAUUAAGGUUCGGACAGAAAAACCCACUAAACCGGACCGUUAGAUCGCGAUCGAACCCGAAUUGAAUAGUUUUCGGGUCGGUCUUCAAUCCAAAAAAAUUUAGGCAUUGGGUUUCGGUCUAGUCCGGUCUAAACCCGAAAUAAUUUAGGUCCGGACCGAUUGGACCUAAUAAUCCUGCUGGACCUAAAAGACAUAAAUACUAAAACUCUAAUUUUUAAGUUCUGUAUUACACUUUGAUGCUCUAUUUUAGUAGAUAUCUUAAUUUAUUUAAUUAAAAAGGUUUUUUAUUAACUAAUUUUAAAAAAAAUUAGAAAAAUAUUU